CCAACUUUUUCUCCCGCUUUCAAAGUAACCAUGAACGCAGAGCUGGAUCAUCUCGUCCCCAUGGAUUUCAAAAACGCCGUUCAAGUUCCCGAUACCCACACCUGGGUCGACUCCCCCUGCAUCAACGACUCUUCUUCAAGCGACGAAUUUGUUCCGUUGAUUGAUCUUGAGGACCCGCAAGCGGUGGAGAAAAUAAAAAUGGCUUGUGAAAAUUGGGGUGUUUUUCAGGUGAGCAACCACGGCGUUCCAGUGGAGCUUCUUGGUGAAAUUGAGCAUCAGGCUCGCCGAUUCUUUGCAUUGCCGAGGGAGCAGAAGCUCCUCACUCUGCGCUCGCCGGACAGCCCCACCGGCUACGGCAUCAUCCCCAUUUCACGCAUUUUUAACAGUCUCAUGUGGAUGGAAGGAUUCACCAUGUCGGGAACGCCAGUGGAGCAUGCACGCCGGGUUUGGCCUCAAGAUUACUCUCCUUUCUGCACUGCGAUUGAUGAUUACCAAGAACAAAUGAUGGGCCUGGCUGUAAAGAUAACUUCUUUAAUAUUCAAAUCAUUGGGCCUAUCUGAUGAAGAUGUGGAAUGGUUUAACCGCAAAAGCACCGAAGCAUUCCUACAUUUGAACUCGUACCCGAAAUGCCCAGACCCAACCCGCGCAUUGGGCAUGGUCGCGCACACAGACUCAUCUCUUAUAACUUUACUAUACCAAAGCAACACCAAUAAAGGCCUCCAAGUGAUUGGGCCCAAUCACAAAUGGGUCGACGUCGAGCCCAUUGCCGAUGCAAUUGUCGUCAACGUCAGCGACUUGUUGCAGAUAACCUCUAAUGGACGGUUCAAAAGCGUGACACAUCGGGCCAUUGUGAGCGAGACCCAUCAUCGCAUCUCCAUCCCCUUUUUCUUCGGCCCAAAGAUUGAUGUUAACAUUUCAUCGCCACUUAAAUUGAUCAAGGCCGGUGAUUUUCCCAUGUAUCGGCCCAUAUCAUGGAAGGAGUACCGUGAGAUUAAGGGUGUGCACUUUGACAAGGCCUUGGAGGCGGUUCGUUUCAAUUCAGUCGUCGUUGAAAAAGACAAUGCCCAAUCGACUGGUAAUGAGGCAUCACUUGGUGGCAAAGUGGAAGCUUUAGAAGUGUAGAAAUUUGUUUUGUUAAGCGUUCUGCUAAUGGUGUGGCUCACUUAUUAACUAGGGAUGUUAGUUUGUUGUCAGGUUGUUGGGUUUGGUUUAAUUCUAGUUC